AUGGUGGAUUCAAGCGUUACGGUGAAGAAGGAUGUGCUCCCAGGCCUUGGCGGCAUUGCGAAGGCGCAGGGAGACAAAGCAUUGGGGUCGAUGCCCUCUCGGUUCGAUGUGCGCAUCGCGGAAAAGGUCCAGGAUGCGUCUGACUUUGGUGAGCUUCACGACGUCAUCAGCCACGCCAUUGACGGCACCACAGCAGCGAAGCUUUCUGCGACCACUGCAGCAAAGGUGGACAUUGCAGCCAAGGACGAGCCAUUGGGCAGUCAAUCUGGCAUGCUCCGAGAGACAGAAGGCCCCUCGAUCGAGCAGAAGCGAAGCUUUAUGUGGUGCACUGCCCUCGUCGUGGUGGGGGUGCUCGUGUUUGCUGGCGUCGUGUUCAUGGUCAUAGAGGCAGGAAAAGGCAAGAAGAGAGGCCGGAAACGACUGAGGAAGACUCGGUCUGGCACUCCUACGCCUAUGGCGGGUUUUGAGGACUCAGACUCGGACUUACUUCUGUACGCCGAUGAAGCGCCACACCGUGGUGAACCUGCUGGAG